AUGACAACUUCCACCGAAGUCAUCACUCCCUCAUCCUCUCGCACUCCUCCCGCCAUUGUGCGCCGCCGAUCCUCCUCUCACUCAGUCCAGAAGAAGCCAUGGCAGCAUACUCAUCGACCGUCCUUCCACUCGAGUCACUCUCGACCAGACCCCGAAGAGAUCCAACGUCUCUCAGAGCACAUUUCGCGACAGACGACUCGAUCUUCGCACCGUCGCAGCCCGAAAUGGUACAAGAUACGCUGGUUCAAGGGCAUGGUGGACGACGUCAAGAGACGGGCGCCGUACUACUGGAGUGACUGGAGGGACGCUUGGGAUUAUAGAGUCAUCCCUGCCACAGUGUACAUGUACUUUGCAAACAUCCUACCAGCAUUGGCAUUCUCCCUCGACAUGUUCACAAAGACCCACAACUCAUACGGCGUCAACGAAGUCCUACUCUCCUCGGUCAUGGCCUGUGUGGUGUUCUCUCUUUUCGCCGCCCAGCCACUCGUCAUCGUAGGCGUUACUGGUCCCAUCACCGUCUUCUCUUAUACGGUGUACGACAUUAUCGUUGGCCAGGGCACCAACUUCUUUGCAUUCAUGGCCUGGAUCGGCAUCUGGGCUCUGAUUAUGCAUUGGUUCCUCGCCAUCACCAACAGUUGCAAUGCGUUGACCUACGUCACGCGAUUCAGCUGUGAUACUUUCGGAUUCUACGUUGCCUUCAUCUAUCUGCAGAAGGGCAUCCAAGUCCUGACCAGACAGUGGGGAUUGGCCGGCGAAACGAGUGCCUACCUUUCUGUCAUGGUCAGUUUGCUCGUCCUGGGCUUCGCUUAUGGGUGCGGUGUUCUCGGCAACAGCAACCUGUUACAACGUCAUGUGCGGAAAUUCAUCGAGGACUACGGCACUCCGCUGACAAUCAUCUUCUUCACUGGGUUCGUUCACAUCGGCCAUAUGAAGAAUGUCCAUCUCGAGACACUGCCGACGAGCAAGUCGUUCCACCCAACCGCCGACCGUGGCUGGUUUGUCCAUUUUUGGGACAUCAGUGUGGGAGAGGUCUUUCUGGCAAUUCCCUUUGCGAUCCUGCUGACAGUUCUGUUCUGGUUUGAUCACAACGUGUCAUCUCUUAUUGCGCAGGGGACGGAAUUUCCUCUCCGCAAACCACCGGGCUUCCAUUGGGAUAUUUUCCUCCUGGGGCUCACCACGGGCAUCGCUGGAAUUUUGGGGAUUCCUUUCCCCAAUGGCCUCAUCCCUCAGGCGCCAUUCCACACAAAUGCCCUCUGCGUGACAAGGCAAGUUGCUGACGAGAAGGCGAGAGGCCAUCUCGUUCGGGUCACAGAUCACGUCGUCGAGCAGCGCUUCAGCAACCUGGCACAAGGUCUCUUGUUCCUGGUCACAAUGAGCGGGCCACUGCUGGUCGUGCUCCAUCUGAUCCCACAGGGUGUGCUUGCUGGGUUGUUCUUCGUCAUGGGCGUGCAAGCCCUCGUGGGCAACGGCAUUACCCAAAAGCUACUCUUCCUGGCGCGAGACAAGGAGCUGACGGACGCGACGGACCCUCUGGCACGGAUCGAGCGCCGCGCCGCCAUCUGGGUCUUUGUGGCGUGUGAAUUGAUUGGCUUCGGCGCCACCUUUGCCAUCUCCCAGACCAUCGCCGCCAUCGGCUUUCCCAUCAUCAUUCUGCUACUGAUCCCCUUCCGCACGUGGCUGAUGCCCAAGUGGUUCCGGGAGGAAGAGCUCCGCGCCCUCGACGCACCCACCGCUGGCGCCUUCGUCAUGGAAAGCGUUGGCGGCGCGUACGGCGAGAGCGGCGAGAGCACGCCGGCCGGCCGCGAGGGAGGAGAGUCCCCUCCAGACGAGAACGACGAAAUCGCCGUCGUGGACGACUCAUUGGAGCGAGGCGAGAGCCACGAAUUGCAGAGCGUCCUGGCCAACAAGAGAUCUGGUCGCGAUAUUGGAACCGCCGCAACAAGGCGGACGGGAAGUCAUAGCGAGACGCAGAGGCCCGACGUGGGCAUGAGGAAGAGAAGUCGCAGUUCGAUGAAUAGAUGA